AUGAAGCGGAAUCGCAUUCAGUUCGAGGCCAAUGGCGAGGCUUCGUCUGUAUCGCCGCCGCAGGGUGCCUUCACCCCCGAGGACCGGCCUCAUCAUGUCCCGAAGAUCUCGCGGCGCAUACGGGCGUGCACUGAAUGUAAGCGGCAUAAGGUGCGCUGUGACAUGAAAGCAACGGAUUCUAUCUGCUCGCGCUGUCGGCGCAUGGGUCUGGAAUGCGUCGUGAACAAAAGUCUCCAGACUUUACUGGAAGAUGAAGCUGAUUGGAAAUCAAUGAUCGAAUCGGCAAUGACGGACCUCCUCAGAAAAUCGCAGCUUCCGGAGUUAUCAUAUUACCAAGCAGGUGGCGGCUCGGUCGAGACGCCUUCGAAGAAGAGAGGUCGACAAGACUCUACGGUUUCGACCGAGGGCAACGGGCUUGCACAGCCCAUGGCUGCGCCCGUGGAACAUACAGUGGAGAAUGCGAAUGCCUCGAGAUCACGCUUCGACUUUCCCCAACAGCCAUCACAAUACUCGCUGGACCGGGAGGAAACAGGCGCAGCCUCUUUGGUCACAGCGCCAAUGGGUAGUCUGUAUGAGGUGACACAACUGAGCGAGAAUCGUGACAAUUCACCGGGUCGGAAACUUGCUCCUGACCAGACAUUGGUCACUGACUUCAUUUCGCGUGGCGUUGUCGACGUCCAAGAAGCAGAGGAGUUGUUCUAUCAAUUUGACCAAGUCCUCAAUCGCUAUCUAUGGGAUGGAGCACUACUUGCACACAAGGACUUGACAUCAGCUCGACGAUCAUCGUCAAUGCUGUCGGCUGCCAUUCUGGCCGUCACUGCACUUCACAUGCCCAACAAGGAACGGACCUUCGACACAUGCUACACCGAAUUUGCCAAACUGGCAUCAGAAUCCAUGCUGGGUCACCACCACACCUUAGAUGAUAUUCGUGCAUUAUGCAUUGGUGCAUUUUGGCUUGCGGAUGUCAGCUGGAAGCUCUCCGGCUAUGCUGUGCGUAUUGCGACUGAGCGCAACCUACACCAGUUCUAUCGCAAAGCCAUGCAAGGCUCACCAGAGCAUUUGGAACAGGCAAGGCUGUGGUAUCUUCUAUAUACAUUAGAGCACCAUUUUUCGAUUGCAUACGGCCGACCACCGAUGAUCCACGAGGAUGCAAGCGUCACUCAACACAAUAUCUUUACACAAAAUCCGUCAACUUCGCAAGGAGAUCUUCGGCUUCACAGCCAAGUCGACCUUUUCAUAAUUCUCACCCGUAUAUACUUUUCCUUUGGCCCUGAUGUCGAGUUGGAAGUUCCCGAAAGUGACUUCUCCAAGAUCGAUCAAUUUGACAUUGAUCUAGGGGAUUGGAAGUCAUCGUGGCUCCCCCGACUUGCGGGGAGCCGUUACGUUGGCGCAUAUCCCUACAAGGCCGUGUACAUGCAUUACCAUUUCUCUCGAUUGCAGCUCAACUCCGUCGCACUGCGCACGUAUCACUCAUCCACCUCUUCAGGGGAAAUGUCCUUCGAACGUCGCAAACGCGCCAACAUCGCGGUAGAAUCGGCCAUCGCCACUUUGCAGGUUUGCUUAGACGAGCGAGAUAUCCAACGGGCCCUCGUUGGAGUUCCCCUGUAUCUCCACAGUAUGAUCACCUUUGCAGCAGUCUUCCUACUCAAAAUCGCAGCCAAGGUCUGCUCGAAUGGAGCGAUCCCCGGAAGCCAGGGGAAGCAGACGUCCAUCGCUUCAGCGGGUCUACAAGUUGACGUCAGCUACGUGCGCGUCCUUGUUAGCAGGGUCGUCGAAUUAAUGGUCUCGUGUAGCCAGCGUGCGAGCGAGCGUCACCUCAGUCACCACAUCGCCCGAGGGCUCCGUAAAAUGCUGACUGGUCUGGAGGAGUGGGAGAAGCGCACUGCCGGCACCCAACAGACGAUUGGAUCGGCCUCGCAGGACCCUUCUUCCUUCUUCAAACCUGUCAUCAUCCCCGGGGCCCAGAUGCUCGGAGAACGCGAUACCAUCUUGAACCACCCCCCUCCGUUGCUGGGAGUGGCUCCGCUGUCUGCUGAACGGAGCAAUGGAUUCGAAGCUUCUGCUGCUUUGGGCAAGCAGGAGCCUGGCUUGUCUGAGGGCUCGGUUGAUCCUAUGAUGGCGGAUCUCUGGGGCUUUGACGAAGACUAUUUCCCCACGGGGGUGUUUGACUUCUUGCAAAGCCAGAUGCCAGCGUGA